CAGAGAGCGCGAGCUGUCAUCCGAACCUGCGUCUGCCCGUGGGAGUCAACCCUCCUCACACAUCGCUGUCGUCUGCAGUCGCCAUAUCAGCCACUGCUACAAGUCUAGGGCGCGCUUACUUACACAAACAUACAUACACACACACACACACACACACACACCAUCACAAACAAUGGCGCCAGUAAUACCAAUCUCCGGCGCCGGUUCCGGUCUCGCCCCGACAAGGACCCUUACGCAGCCCCUCCGCGCCCUUCUCGCCCGCCAGGUCGUCACAACAGUCACCGCGACCCCCGAGACCACGGAGGAGAGCGCGUCCAACGAGCUCAGCGGUGGCGCCAUCGCGGGCAUCGUCAUCGGCUCCAUCGCCGGCUUUCUCCUGCUCCUCUGGAUCGUCAAGUCCUGCGGCAUGUGGAGCCGCCCCAGCGACUGGUCCGAGAAGGACCACCCCUACGACGACCGCCGGCGCCGCGGCAGGUCGCCCGGCGCCCGCCACCGGAGGCGCCACCAGCGCCGCUACCACCACGAGACGUCGCGCUCGAAGCACCGUCGCCCGUCGUACGAGAUCGACGAGGUCCGCUACUCCCAGCCUGUCGCGUACGAGACGAGGCGGCCGAGCGCCUCGCCGUUGCCGCCCGCCAACGUCUACCGGAGCAGUCGGAGCAGAACGAGGUAUUAGUCUGGCAGGGUUGUCGCGCACGGGAAAAGGAAUGCACGGGAGGAUGUUUACGCUGGAAACGCAGCUAUUUGUACGACAUGCUCGGGGAUCCCGAAGGUGUCUUUUGUCCAUGUAAGAAAGGCUUGCAUGGGACAUUCUCACGAUCAUGAAGUAACGAUUCUGUUUUUAUUUGCCAAGAAACGCUUGCACAGUUAAAAGACGUUCUGCAAGUCCGCCUGGUCAGGUAGGUAAUAGAUUAUUACCUACCCAAUUAUUCACUCAGUGCCCGUGUCCUUGGCCAACACUCUACCGAAUGUUUCUUCACAGAUGGGUCCCGAACAGCAGCGCCAGGGGAUGCUGCGGUGACUUGUUUGGGGCCAC